AUGAACGCGAAAGUAGCACUUCUGGUGACGAUUUGUGGACUCUUGGCGAGACUAACGUGCGCCCAGCAUCGUCAGAUCGGCGGAAAGGAUGUAACCGUUCAAGAAUUCCCAUUCGUCGUAGCCAUCACGUACGAGCGCGAGCUGUGUGGUCACGGAGCAAUCCUCGACAGGCGCUGGAUUCUGUCGUCGGCCAGCAGUUUUUAUAAUCAACCGUACUCGGAAUACAAUGUGGCGGUGGCCACGGAUGAUAUCGAAGGAGAUGCCAGUUGGCACGAGGUGGAUAACGUUUUCCUUCACCCGGAGUGGGUCGGCUGGGACUACAACAUCGCACUAGUGAAGCUGAAGGACGAAGUAACGUAUUCGGGCACUGUCCAGCCGAUCAACAUACCCAACGAUGACUCAAACAUCCCACUUGACGUUACAAUGCUGUCGUACGGUAAAAAUGAGGAUGGUACAUCGCAUCUCCGUGGAGCAACAUACACUCUCAAGACGGACGAGAGCUGUCUCAGUUUGUUGAGUAAUUCUGCUUCCAAAGAUGUCAUCACGGAGGGGCACGGUUUCUGUUUGAUUCCACCAGAAGGAUCUGAGCAAGGACAAUACUUUAGCGACGCUGGUGCCCCGGUCGUCAAAGGUGACGAGUUGUACGGUGUGUUUGCGUUCUCCGAGGACAAAGGUGGCGUCAACAAGGCGUCCGUUGCCACACGGGUUAGGUUCUUUGCGGAUUGGAUUCAAUCCAGCAUCGCUAAUAACAGCUAA